AUGGAAAAUAACAAACGACACUGUGAAGUAUGUGGAAAAGAGUCCAAGUAUCAGUGUCCUAAAUGUAAUAUUUUAUAUUGUAGUAUAGAAUGUUAUAAAGCACAUAAAAUGAAUUGCAAAAAAAAAGAAUCACCUUUUAUACCACUACAACAAAUGAAUGACAAUACAAUUGGAGAAGACCUAAUGUUGUUGAGUAAAACACAGUCAUUUGUUCAUGCACUUGAAUCAAAACGGAAGUACAAUACAUUUCUAGUGAAAAAGUCAAAAAGAAAUAGAAAAAGAAAUGAAAAUAAACCAAAGAAAAAUAACCAAUAUUCGGAAAAGCAUCAACAACAAAUUCCCCAAUCUGAGAAAAUGAAAACCCAAAACGAAAAUGAUACUAUAACGAAAAAGGAAUCUAUAAAUUCAAAAGAAACAAAUGAGAAAAAAGAAUAA